UUUGCUAUCGGUGUUUUUGCUUUGAUCCCCUUCUUUAUCACACAUUUGCACUUUGUUUCUUUUUUCUUGUAGUUUUUUUAUUCUUGAUAUUUCUUGUGAGACUUGCGGUGUGUUGUGUUCUUACUUUCAAUCAAAUUGUUUUUGUGUUAUUCGUGUGGGAAAGAAUGAAAUAAAAUGUAAAAUAAAUUUGUUUUUAAUUUUUUGUUCCGCGCCGAAAAAAUUGACAUCGCACCGCCGUCGAUUGGUUUACACCUGAUGAGCCGUCGCCGUCGAAAAAAUUGUUCCGCUUUGUUCUCUGGACACAGCCUUUGCAAAAAUAUAUAUUUCGCUUAUUUCGCUAACAAAUAAAUAACUAAAUUUCAAAAUGUUUUAAACUUUCUACUGUUUCGGGAUUUGUCUUUGAACGCAUUAAUCAUCGGUUGCUUCAAUGUCCAAUAACGUAUUUGCCCAUACAAGGGAAGCAGUACGUUGCAAAGUGAAGAAAUGUGAGCCGAAUCGACCUCCGGAAUGGCGUAAAUUUAGCGUUGACCCACAAAUUACUUCAUUGGAGGUGCUGUAUUCUCUGUUGGCCAAAGCAUUUGACAUCAAAUCCGAUUUCUCCAUCAAAUACAAGGCCUACGAUCCAGCCGGUAAUGAAAUUUACUUGGCUGUCUUGUCCGACUGGGAUUUGGAUGCGGCCUUUCUGAGAAUACACAACAUUUCCAUACAGACAUCUACGGAACCAUGCCUUAUGCUACAAAUCGAUAUAAAACCGUUUACGGAAGUGAAAGACUGGGAUCCGGACACUACGAUAAACACUUCAUCAAUGUUGGUUGGUUCGGGUUCUGUCUGCAGCAGUACUGGGGCAACACCCACCAGCUCAUCGGCUCGUGAAUUAAUAUCACCACUGCAGCAAUCAAUUGGUGCUUCUCAAAAAUAUGUUCAGCAAAUGCAAACAAAGUUGCCUGGCCUCAUCAUGAAUCAAAUGGAGAAAACAUUUUCAAUGGUCCAGAAAGCGUUUAAUCUCAACGAAGAAACCAUGGCUGCGUUGCCGCCGAGACCAUCUUUGGCCGACAAUGAAUUUCGCAUGUAUUUAGAUGCCCUGGGACAAAUUCAACGGACGGACGAACUGCGAAAGGUUAUAUUUCUGGGUGGCAUCGAUCCCAGCCUUCGGCGGGUAGUUUGGAAGCACAUUUUAAAUGUCUAUCCUGCCGGUAUGAAUGGCCACCAACGAAUGGACUAUAUGCGCCGCAAAUCGGAACAGUACUAUCAGCUGAGGGACGUUUGGAAAACGGCCAUAAAACAGGGUUGCGUUGUUGGUGAGUUGGCAUAUGUCACCAGCAUGGUUAAAAAGGAUGUUUUGCGCACGGAUAGACUUCAUCCAUUUUAUGCCGGCAAUGAUGACAAUCAGAAUAUAGCAUCACUUUUUAACAUACUCACAACAUAUGCUUUGAAUCAUCCGUCUGUCAGCUACUGUCAAGGCAUGUCUGAUAUAGCUUCGCCGCUAUUGGUUACAAUGAAUGACGAAGCACAAGCUUACAUAUGUUUUUGUGCAAUAAUGGAGAGGGUGAGGGGCAAUUUUAUGCUUGAUGGCAUAGCAAUGACGCAGAAAUUUGCCCACCUUACUGAAGCUUUAAGUUAUUACGAUUCGGACUUCUGGGAGUACCUAAAAUCGCAACAAGCAGACGAUUUGCUUUUCUGCUAUCGCUGGUUGUUGUUGGAAAUGAAAAGAGAAUUUCCUUUCGAAGACGCGCUACGUAUGUUAGAGGUUCAGUGGAGUUCUUUAAAGUACGAAACCAGCGUAGAUAAGGAACUAAAGUUAUUUGAAAAGGAGUUUGUACCCAUAACAGAAACUGCAGUUCCAUCUUCGCCAUCCAGUGUUGGCGGUGGAGUGCCUCCUAUAAGCCCAUCCUACUUUAUGACCAAACCGCGGGAAAAUGCUUAUACAAAGGUCUGUGAUUUAAGAAGACAAAGUUCAUCCGCAUCGUUACAUUCGCUAAGCACAUCUCUCACGUCUUGUCUUAACCAUGGAACUGGAGUGAUGGUAUCAAAACUCGAUGACACAAGACGACUGAAUCAAAGCCUUGACGAUAAUAUAGCCCGGCAUGUGGCCACUAAACGUACUAGACGGAGAAUGCCAUCAAAUCGUCAGUCGUUAGAUGAGACCAAAAUUUUGCAGCUAUUAGAAGGAAGACAAAAAAAUCCAGACGCUUCUGAUGAAAGCAUAACAACGUCAGCAGCAGAAAAGCACCUUGACACUGAUCAAUCGGAGGAUGAUGAUGUGUUCUCGGACCACAGUUGUCAUUUUACAUUUCACGACACAAACCCCUUCAAAGACGACACUUCUGCGAAAGUUGAAAACGCAUCCACACCAACAUCUAAAUCUUCGGGGAUUCAUAAAGUAUUUCUUAGCAGCAGCUCUUCGUCGUCUAUAGUCGGUGAUGUUGCAAACAGUGGUUCAAGUAAUGCAACUCAAUCGAAUGAAGUGGCGAAUAAUGAGACGGGCGAAAAGAAGAACCUGCCGAUACCCAAAGGAAUUGCAAAGUUGCAGAACAAAAAAAUAAUCUCCAAUUACAAUACUGUGAGCAAUAUAAUUGUUAAACAGUUGACGAAUGCGAGCAACACAAGUGGAGGGCAUUUUAAAGAUUUAAAAGAAAAAAUUGCAGCAAGUAGUCGAAAAGGUUUAUCUCUUGAUGAAUGCAACGAGAAAUCCCAACAAAGGCUAGUAAAAAAUUUCAAUGAAUUUCUGAAUUUCGCAGCUAUGAACAAAAGUCGUGUAGGCAAUGCUGACAAGACUAACACAACAUUCUUGCCAAACGAUGAUAAUGUUGCACAAAAACAAUGCAAAACACCUUCUCCCCAAAAACUUUCUCCAACACCUCAUCCCCUUGUACAACUUACCAAAGGAGGUUUUACCUCAUCUCUUGAAGAGUCCGACUCAUCGUCAAUACCUGACACUACGAAUAACACCUGGAGCUGUUCAACAGCUGUCACAGCAAUACAACAAGCAAAUAAUCUAAGUAGCAAUAGUUUACACCUAGAGCUCAAUUCACUUUCUUCCCAAACACACACACCGGAACGUACCCCGACCCUAGAGGGGAGUAUACAACAUAAACGUCAGAAUGAUAUGGCACCUAAGCAACAUACAAUUAAACAUGACGAUGCGAAUGCCGCACCAGAGGAAGGCCAAGAUUUAGACUAUUAUCCGGCGAUAAUUCGAGAAUUGCAUAUGGAAGCAGAUAAUUUAGAUAGGCAGGUAUUUGGUGAUAACUCAGUUACCAAAGAAUCAACUAGUUCUGAAAUUGAAUACGAAAAACUAGGAAAAGACUCAUUGGAUAUGAUUGAAGAUCUAGAUGCUGACCAGAAUGGGGCUUCGUUAAUUUUAAAUGGUGAAGUGUAUACAAAUGUAAAUACCAAUGGAAUAAAUUCAAAUGCAGAUUCGGUUGUCCUAAAUCCAUUCCUUGAGGAAACUACAGACAACGGCUCUUCGACUAAACGAGAGAGAUCCAUUAAGAACAGCAACAGUUGCGAACCAUUUUACAGCCAUCCAUCCAGCAGCUCGAGCUCUUUGCCUGAAGUUCUGAUACCAGUUUCCACAACUAUACCCGAGACAGGAGAUGUUGACGAGAUGGCUACAAAUGCAGCGGAUGAAGUUGCCUUUUCGAAAACAUCGCCUAUGCAGCAGCAUCUCAGCAGCGGCAAUUCAACAAAUUCCACACCGGCAACAAAGUUGCCACCGCCUUCGGAAUUUGGGGGUGGUAAUCCAUUCCUAAUGUUUCUUUGUCUAACUCUUUUGUUGCAGCAUCGCAACGUUAUUAUGAAAGCUCAUAUGGAUUAUAACGAAAUAGCAAUGCACUUUGACAAAAUGGUGAGGAAGCAUGAUGUUACUCGAGUUCUGAAUCAAGCGAGGCGCAUGUAUAUCGAUUACCUAAAUAGCUAUGCGGCUCAUAACCAAGAAAGGCAGCAGCAGCAGCAAAAUCGCACUAAAGAACAACAAAAUCUACACGAACAGCAAUCCUCAAAAAUCACGAAUACGGCAGCACAGCAUUUAAACGAUCUCAAUAGAAAUGCAACGACACAUGCAACAAUGCAAUCACCACCACAGAAACAUCAUAGCCAAACACAAAGAAAGUUCCAACAACAUUCCAGCAAUCAAGCUCCAACAUCGUCUUUGGCGUCAUCAUCAUCAUUUUAUACCAACUCAUAAAGAAAGCGCAAAAAAGAAAUGCAAAAUGCAUUUGAUGUUAAUUUAUAUUUACGAAAGCAUAUGGAAACACCAAAGAUUGUUAACAGUGACUGGAUAAUAGUUGUUAUUCUACUUGGUUACAACCCGUCGUUUUUCACACAAAUAAGACUAUGUUUAUAACAAAAAAAGAAUUUAUUACGUACUUAAUAGAAAUAAAGUCCUUAGGUAUUGGUUUUUUUCUAAA